AUGGAUGGUUUGAAAAAAUUCGAGUUUAAGAAAUUGUUGGAAAAGCAUCAUAGUGGGGAAGACUACCAUAAGCUAUUAGAUUGUCUUAUGAAGGUUAGAAAGGUUGUAGAUGAGAUGGAUGGAGUUAGAAUGCCUCAGCUGAAGAGCGUCGUAUUGAGAACUUGUAGUAGACUUGGUAUUGAUACAGCUAUUACUGAUUCUAAGAGUAAAGAUAUAAUUUUACAGAAUGAAGAUACUUUAUUUGGUAAAAUUUAUCCUGUCCUUGGUUGGGAGCCGCGUGAGUGUAAAUACUAUAGGGAAUGGCUAAAAAGGAAGUUGGAAGAGCGGACUUAGCUUGAAAACCUUGAUCUAAACAGGAAACUGGAUAAUUGCUCUGUAAAGACUGAAAUUGAUAGUGAGGGGUCUCCUUGAUAGGUGAAAUAGGUAUUGUGGAGGGUGUUUGUGAAAAUAGAUAAUUACAUUAAACAUCAUGUAUAGUAUAGAGUGAAAAUGGAAAAUCAAUAUGAGAAUAAAGUUGAUAUAUAUAGUAUAGAGAAGAAGAUGGAAAAUCCUGUUGAUAUGAUGAAGGCUUACGGUGAGAUGAUGGCUAAGAUGCAGGCUCAAAUGGCUGCUAUGACGCAAAAGAUGAGGCUCGUGAUAAGGAAAUAAAGGAAUUGAAAAAGAAGGGUGAAGUUAGUGAGAAGAAGCUGAAGGCUCUUGAGAAGGAUAACAGAAAGCUUAAGAAGGAAGGUGAAUUUAAUAAGAAGAGUCUUGGUGUGCUUAGAAAUGAUAACAGGAAGCUAAAGAGAAAUAUUGCGGCAAUGAGAGUUGGUGAGGAAGGAAUUGAGGUUAUAGGUGGAACAGCUACCCCAAUACUGCAUAAGACUAUAAACUAUGAAAAGACUGGUGAAAGUGAUGAGGGGACAAUUGAGAAGUUCACUUUGGGAAUAAGUAAACCUGACUUCGGUGGACAACUUGAUGUUAGUCGUAAGAUUGUUGGUGACCUGCUCAAAUCUGUUCUUGACCGACCAGUAAAGUUUGUUGAGACUCUUGUAUUGAAAAUGGUAAAAGGCCUUCUCAGUAAGAACACAGAUGUUGAUCUUCCAAUGGAAAGUGAGACAAUUACUGUUAUGAAUGCAAGCGAAGUUGAGGAUGCGGUGAGACUUAGCGCUGAAAGAAUUAUAGCUAAGAUCGAAUCUUACCAGGAUCGUGGUAGCAAUUGGAGGGUGAUCUUGGUUGAGAAACAUGAGGUUGACGUUGUUCAUUUCAAUCCGUUGGUUGGCAGUUCAUUUAUCGAGUUACCUGCUCCUCUGAAAUCUAAUAUGAAUGGAUUGAUCAAUAUUGAAAACGCGGACGACGACGAGUGCUUUAGGUGGUGUCAUGUAAGACAUCUGCGUCCAGGUCAAAGAGCUACUAAGAUUACUAGGUCUGAUAGGAAGUUUGCUAAGACACUCAACUAUAAUGGUAUCAAGUUCCCUGUGAGGAUAGAUGACAUUCCAAAGAUUGAGAAGGCGAAUGAGCUUAGAAUUACUGUGAUCAUGUUGAGGGGAGAGAAGAUGUUCUUUCCAAGGUAUACUUCAAAGUUUGACUAUAAGGAUCAUAUGGAGUUGUUGCUGAUGGAUGAUGGGGAGGGAAAUAAUCACUAUGUUCUUGUGAGGGAUAUCAGCAUGUUACUUAACAGUUUAAGUAAAACUCAGCAUAAGAGAUUCUUCUGUCUCGGUUGCCUCAAUGGGUUCAACUCACAGGAACGAUUGGAUAAACAUAGUGGGACAUGUAGAGAGGUAAAUGGAACGCAGAAAACAUGAUGCCAAAGAGAGGAAGCAAGGUUGUAUUCAAAAAUCAUAGGAGACAGUUACCUGUUCAGUUUGUGAUAUAUGCUGACUUUGAAUCAUUGCUGAUCCCAGUUGACGGGAAGGGUGAAUGCCUGCGUAAAACGCAUGAUCAUGAGAUGUGUAGUUACGGGUUUAAGAGAGCGUGUUACUAUGAUGGUAAGUAUGAUGGUGAAUAUAAAAGCUAUAGGGGAGUUGGCGCAAUUAGUAGAUCUCUGAGUGAGUUGUUGGGUGAAGUUGAGAAGUGUAAUGGAAUUAUACAAAGUGAGUUCAACAAGGAAGUUGUCAUGAGUGUGAAAGACUAUGAUAAACUUGAAAAGGCAACUGAGUGUCACAUCUGUGGUGGUAAGUUUGGUGAGAGCGAUAAGAAGGUUCUUGACCAUUGUCAUGUUACCAGUAAGUUCAGAGGUGCGGCUCAUAACUCAUGUAACUUGAACCAUAAGUUGACUGGAAAGAUUCCUGUUGUGUUUCACAAUCUACGUGGCUAUGAUGGUAACUUUAUUAUGCAAGGUGUAAAGGAACUUGGUGAGAAGAUAGAGGUGAUCGCCAACAACAUGCAAAAAUAUAUGUCCUUCACAGUGGGUAAGCAGUUGGUCUCCAUUGACUCGAUGCAGUUCAUGAGUAGUAGUCUUGAAAAUCUUGUGAGUAAUCUUAGUGAUGACCGUUUCAAGAGAAUGCAGUGUGAAUGGCAAGGUCAGGAGCUUGAGAUGUUACUUAAGAAGGGAGUUUACCCUUACGAGUAUAUGAGUUGUUGGGAGAAAUUUAGUGAGAAGAGCUUGCCUGAGAAAUCUGCAUUCUAUAGUUCACUGUAUGAGGAGGAAGUUAACGAUGAUGAUUACCUUAGAGCGUGUAAGGUGUAUGAGAAGUUUAGCUGUAAGAAUUUAGGUGAUUAUCAUGACUUAUAUCUUAAGACUGAUGUGUUGCUGUUGGCGGAUGUAUUUGAAGACUUUAGAAGAGUUUGUCUUGAAAGUUAUAAGUUGGAUCCUGCACAUUACAUAUCCGCUCCCGGUCUUAGUUGGGAUGCAAUGUUGAAAAGAACAGGUGUAAAACUGGAUUUGUUGUCUAAUGUUGACAUGUACCAGUUUAUUGAAAAGGGAAUGAGAGGAGGU